AUGACCAAAACUGGAAAGUUCCACCAGCCUCGAGUCCACGUCUGGGAAACCAAAGUUCAAGUCCGACCGCCAAAGUGCACGCGACUCCAUCCAAUCCAAAGGGUCCAGACAACUCCCUCACUUCGCUUCGUAUCCACUAGCAACGGAAGUGACCCACAUGCGAUACUCCAGCAAAAACCCCUCCUGGCCCUACCCACCUCAGCCCCGAAAGACAUCAUUGCAUUCCUCCUGACAAACCAUCACCGACUCAUCAGCGAGCUUUGUCUUUUCUUUGUUUCUCUGGACCACACAAUCGGCUACAACCACCCUAACCACCCUUUCGGAAACGAGCAAGGUCCUACAACAAGCAAACAGCGCUGCGUUUGUUUCACAAUACAGCUUUUUCACCAGUCCGCCGCAAUGAGCGCCGACUCCAACGAUCUCCUCGAAGCCUUCAAGGCAGCCGCUUUGUCGGUGACUAAGCUCUACAAGACCACCGGUCCCGCCGUUGCAAAGGCGCGCACCGAGGGCUAUCAAGACUGUCUCGACGAUCUUCUGGCGUUUCUCGACAGGAGGAGGUUGGGCUUGAGUGACGGCGAAGGAUGGAUAAUUCGGAGCUGGGCGACGGAGCGCCUGGACGGUCGGGAUCUCCCCACGGUAGAGAGCGACGAUGACGACAAGAUCGAGCCCGCACUAUCGCCCCAGGCGCAAUCUUUGGAUCCCAUUCAAGAGGAGGAUUCAAUGAGAGAUUCGCCACCUGCCCCUGCUGUCUUCGAAAACCCUCAAGAAGAACAACAACAACAACAACAACAACAACAGGAAUACGAACAGCCACAGCAGGAGCACCAGCAACAGCAGCGACAGCCGCCUUCCAACCCGGACGACUUCCAGAUUGUGGUCCCAACGCAGGAAACAUUCACCUUUCAAUCAGCACACCCCUUUCCUCAUGAGGAGGCGAUGAAGUUGGAGAAUCUGGCGCUUUCCGAUGCUCCUAGGAAUCGCUCCGUUUCGACCUCGACAAGUUCGCGGAACAACAGAAACCGCGCACUUAGACAGUCUGCUACACGAACACUUGGCCGUGGCGCAGGACAAAAGCGAAAGGUGGUCGACCUUGCAGAAUUCUUUCGAAUCGACAACUUUGGGCCUGGCAAUGACAAGGAUCCCUUCAACCAGAGCUCGAAAAGGAGCCGCCACACCUAAACACAGACAUGACGGAACGCCUUCUUCGCUAGAUAGACGACAGAUGCCUCACGGCAAAGGUACAGCAUGGGCAUGGGGUACAACCUGGGCUUCAUCGCGGCGGGGAACAUUCAAACCAUCACAUUUGCAUUUCUCUGCGGUCAAGGGCUAGCGUAACUGGAGGAUUGUGGCAUUUACUGGGAGGAAUCCAGGUUAGGCUGGGAAGGGCAUCAUUUUUGUGGAGAGGUAGCGAUUUGCACCUAGGGCGUUGGGACACCAUUAUACCAUCAAAGAUGUGCCAGUGUACUCUUUCUCUUUAGCUGGGGGUUUCUUUCUCUUGUAUUGAUGUUUUUGGAGUUAGACUUGCACGGUAAUAGGUUAGCAUGGUUUUGUGUUUAUGGAAUUUCUCGGUG